AUGACUGGGAUGUCACCGGUUGUUACUGUAAAUUGUAUACUUGCAUUGGCUGAAAAGGGCUACGGGGAAGAUAAAGAUCUGGCUGGUAUUAUUGCCACGGCAACUUCCAUUGACAGUAUCCACGUCAUUUCAAUGUUUUCAAUCUGCUUUACGCUCGUUUUCAGCGAAGGCUCGUUAAUGUUUACGUCAGGGGCAAGUAUGUUUGCAGUAACUGGUGGCGGUUAUCUAGCGACGAUGGUUAUGUCAUUUGUCGCAAGUUCCUGCUGGAAGCAACUUUCUGGAAAUCCCUUUAACGUUAUACCGUUUCAAAAAACACUAUUUUUUAUAUGGCACUUUAUGCAGCCAAUUCUGAUGGGAAUAAUCGGCGCUGAAAUGGACCUAACGCUAUGGUCGUCACAGCGAUUUGGCCUCCAUAUUUCCUGUAUUCUCAUGGGACUCCUGGCACGAAGCUUCUUCGCGAUCCUCGCCAACCAAGGAACUAAUUUCAACAUGAGAGAACGUAUAUUUGUAGCUCUAGCGUGGCUACCAAAAGGCAGUCUUCAGGCAACGCUGGCGCCGUUGACACUUGAGCACGCGGGGCAACGUGAGCAUCCGGAAAUAAUAUCACUGGCUACAGAUGUUCUGAGGAUGUCGGUCGUUUCAAUUUUGUUCCUGGCACCCCUGGGAGCGAUCAUUAUGAUGGCCACGGGUCCAGUUCUCCUUAACAAGAUUGACGAGGAGACCAAAACUCGACGUCGCCAGCUUAGUUUUCUCCAGUGGAGUAGCCUGCAACCAGUUAGACAUAAAACAGUGUCUGAUGAUGUUGAUGAUCAAGAUGUUGAUGAUCAGGAUGUUGAUGAUCAGGAUGUUGAUGGUCAGGAUGUUGAUGGUCAAAAAGACGAUCAACAACAGGAGUAUGGUAAUAAUGAAGCUAAUGCUGCUGAUGAUGAUGAUGAUGUCUACAGCGAUGAUGAAAUUAAUAAUGAGGAUGACGAAUCUUACGAUCAAGAUGUACGCAAAUAG